AGUUCAAUAAAAAUUCUGCCAAAGGUGAUGAGAAGAAUGGGUUAUGGAGCGCAUAUUGUGCUUUCCAUUUGGGCGAUUAUAAAGCUGCUUUACAGGUACGUCAGGGUUAUUAAUAAGUAACUAUAUUUGCCAAUUACUUCAUCACUCGAUUUGACAAAUCUAAAGCCGCAGCAUCACUGGUCGAAGAACUUGCACCUGGUAGAAUAUAAAAAAAUAUUAACGUAAUUUUUAUAUGAGCAAGUAUGAUCGUACUUCUGUGACCAGUCCAUCAUUAUUUUGGAACUCAAACUUUUGCGUUUUCCGAGGCCUUUUUAAAAAUAUGUUAAAAUAUUCUAAAUGAUCGAGCGAAACACUAUCGGACACCGUCAGUCGAUGAGGAAUAUUGUUUAAAUCAUUGUGUCAGGGAUUGGGGACCAGUUUCAGGUUCAAAAAGGGAAAAUGUCUGCAGGCACAUUAUUUGACUUCUGGCGUUAGACAGAGUGACCGUUGAGCGCCAGGGCUUGCCUUUUGGUGAGUAAAGUGGUCUGGCAUUAGACGGAGUAAAAUAAUAAAGUAUAGCGCGUUAGGGUGCAAUCUAUAACUCAACCCAUUGACUGCCAGGGCUCUAGCUCCUCUUGUUGAGUAAAAUCAUCUGGCGUGAAACGGUAUGGACAAGAAAAAUUAUUAAAGAUAAGUAAAAUUAAUAGAAAGAAGAAAAAUAUGAGAUUAUAUGACAUGCAGUGCCUGCAAGUGCAUUUUCCUGAAUUAUCAGGGAAACUAAUUAAUAUACUAAUAUAGUGUUUUCAUAAAUAAUGUUUGCCUACUAUACCCUUUUAGUUUUAAAGAACUUGAUCAUCUGUCUUGUUCUUAGAAGGCAGAGUGACUACACACUCGUGCAUAUAUCAAUAUUUUGAAGAAGACUGGUCUUAUUCCAUAAUAUUCCAUUGAUCUUAUUUGAUUGUAUAGGAGUACCAGGAGCUUGCAAAGGGCAGUGUUGUCACACCAGAACUCUGGAUCAACCUUGCAUGUUGUUAUUUCUUCUUGGGAAUGUACAAAGAAGCUGAUGAAGCUGCUUUAAAAGGUAGAGACUCAGCUUCACCUGUCUGUAUACUGAAAGAUCACACUGACACUCGGAGAGUGGAGGUUCAAUCGGAGCUUCUCGUGUACUCUGAAAGCUCACUCACACUGACACUCAAAGAGUGGAGGUUCAAUCUGAGCUUCUCUUAAGUGUCAGUGCUGUUUUUGAAUACAGUAGCUGGAGGGUUACUCAGUCACACAGUAAGGUACGACACUAACACGCUCAAGCUAUUCAAAAAACUGCACUCAAGGGGAGCUCAGAUUGAACCUCCACUAUUUGAGUUUGAGUGAGCUUUUAGAAUACAGGCGUUUGUCUUUGCACUCCCUUUAAAAUAAACUUAAUGAUUGUAAAUUCUCUAGAUAUUCUGAAAAUUUAAGUGUAAAUUUACUGUAUUUCAUUUACUGAAGGGCUUGAAUCCGGGUUCUUCCAUUAAUUUAAUUUAUUGUACGAUCAUCCAGAUUAAAAAAUUUUAAUUGUUUCUGACGUUUCGGCUACCUAUACGGCAGCCAUUAUCAAAGACGUAUUACAGUUACAAAAAAUUUACAGUUAUAAUAAUUUUAUCUUGCGUCAAAAUGGCGUCGCACGUCAUGGCUGCCGUAUAGGUAGCCGAAACGUUAGAAACAUGCAAUUAAAAAAAUUUAAUCUGGAUGAUCGUACGAUAAAUUAAAUUAAUGUAUUUCAUUUGUUACUUAGUUUGGUGAUGGCAGUAUACUGUACAAAUGUAUACAGUCAGUACCAAUGUCUUUGAUAAAAUUUUGAAAUAGAAUAAAUUAAUUUCAUUCAAAUAAUUCUGUACCGUCAUCUAGCUGAAUCUAUUACAAUAAAUAACUGUACGUGUCACCAAUCUCUUUUCAGGACCUGGUACUCGUGGUCAGAAUCGACUUUUGUUUCACCUCUCACACAAGGUUGGUUUCUGUUUACUAUAUGUAGGAAUAUACAAUAUAAAGCGAACCCCAAGUCAACAAUCGGCAAUUCAAGUCAUAAUUUCCAUUGUAGUUUAAUGACGAAAAAAGACUAAUGAAUUACCAUCAACAAUUGCAAGACAUCAUUGAAGAUCAGGUAUUUUAAUUGUUUUGAAUUCUACAGUAUUAUUGCAUCGUGAGUCAGAUCGUUUUACUUUUUAUUAUUUGCCAUAUACAUGUGGCAUUUUGUAGUUUGGGAUGUAACUAACUUUAUUAAUAGAAAUGAGCUGAUCACGAAAAUGGUUAUUCAUAUCUGGAAAAACAUAGUAAAAUCUGACCAUACUAUGAAAAUCAUGUUUGCAUUACUGAAUCCACAGUACAUCCACAUUAUUCUCAUACUAUUUCCAGCUGCGAUCCUUACUAAGGUGUUUGAAAGCCAGUUACACCAAGUAUUCAGGAGAUGACCAUUAUCAUUUACAAUUACACGCAUAAAAGUUAUGAACCUGCUGUUUAACAGAAUUGAACAAUGUUUUGCUGCCUACGUUGUUCACACUUGUCAACAAUAUUGAACAAUAUUGUUGAGCCUGAAUCGGGUGUAACGAUAUUGUUCAAUAUUGUUGACAACUGUGAACAAUGUGGGCAGCAAAACAUUGUUCAAUCCUAUUUUCAUCAACUAUUGCAACAACCUGAUCGUUUUUAGCCGUGUAAUAUCUGCAUUCACCAUAGAUACAGCCACGAUAUAUUCAAAUACCAUACUUACCAAUUCGGAAGGUUAGAUGCAAGCCGGUGACCGAGGCGGUCUGGGAACUAUCGAUCGUACUUGGAUUGAGGAAAGAUCCAUGCAAAUCGUGUCUUGAACUGCCAACCUCACUCUGGCAGCUUACACCCAUCACACCAUUGCAAAUCGUGGUCAAAAAUAGUCUGCAUACAGUAGUAUUACCUAUUUUCGUACGGGGAGAGUUUAAACAUGCCUCACUAUAUCGUUACACUUUGCGCGUCAAACAGCUAAUCAUCACAUGUUGCGCAAUCACCGCAUGCUCUGCACACGCAAUUUCUGGAUCACACACAGAACGCUUCACGAGAAUCUUAACAGAAAAAGACAGCAAAUGCUCGCUAAGCCUUCUCAUGGACGUGGUCGCACACCACAAGGAACGUCAUUAAUAUGCAUCCUUAUGCACCAUCUUUUGCAUUGAACCGUUAACUUACAUAGUUUGAACCUCCCCCUUCUUUAAGGUAGAACAUAAACCACUUCAAAAAGGGGGAAUGGAAAAUGUUGUGGGGUGAGAUGAGAAAAACUUUGUUUUGUGGGGGUAGGGGGGGGGGGGAGGUUAGAGAAACAACUGUAAUGGAGAUUGCUGAACAAGAUGUUUUUUUAAAGUGCUGAAAAUGGAUACUGAAUUUUAAGCUUUCGUUGGUAGGGAUGCAACUACCUAAAAAUACAAGGAGAAAUUCGACGUUUCGAGCGAAGGCCCUUCCUCGGAAAGGUAGUAGCCAUAUACAGUGUAUGUUGAAUUUCAGUACCUACAGUAAACUUAAUCAUUCCAUGCCAUUUGCAAGUGCUAAUCUGUCAAAUUUCACUCUUUGAAACAGAUGUCGAAAAAAGGGAGGUUGGGACGUUUUGAAAAAGGGGGGCAUUGGUUAAAUGGAGGAGGGGGUUAAUUAAAAUAGAAGGAAUAUAACCACUUUCCAAACUAUAUGACUCAGGCGAUAUAUUAUGAUGAGUUCCAUUAUACAAUAUUUUAAUGGUUAGAUCAAUAUAUACAGAACUAAAAGUACAGUAUGAUAAAUAUCAACUCCAUAGUCUGUUGGUUACAAGAAACUAAGAAAGUUAAACUGUUUUGAUUAUAUUGUAAUAAAAGUUGAAUUCGGAAAUACAAUCAGUGCUGUUAAAAGUUGUUUACAAUACGAGCAUUGAUUGCGUAAAAAAUUAUGUAUACUUUACAAUUAUAAGUAUUCAUUGAUUAUUCUGGCUUGCGCAAUGCAAGUCGAUUGUAUAUCAGGCAUAUAUAUCGUAUACUUGUUAAUAUACAAACUAUACAAUCAUACAGAAACGUAAAUUAAAAAUAUAUACAAAUAAUAUUUCUUAUUUCAUGAAUAUGUAUAAUGUCAUGUUUAUUCGUAUGUAAAAGGCAAUGAGCAAUUUCUGACACGAUACCCGGCCAAGGCGCCAUCUAUUGGCACUUGCAGUACGCUGAAAAGGACUUGUGAGAAAUAACAUAUUGUGAUAACGACGACAACUCCAUGGGCUAUCACAUGGUGAAAGAAACAUUUGAACAAAACCUCCCUCAUUUUACUGUCACAGAAACGAAUUUGCAGCAAAACUGAGGGGAUGUUUAAGAACAGCUCGAUCACUAAGCCAACUGCAAUGCGACCAAGCAUUCGAUGCAUUUCUUCUGGAAGGGGGACAUCAAACGUGCUAUAUCGGUACAGAGUGAUGUAGAUUUGACUGAGGAUGAUCAUGGCGUAAUGGUAGGGAAAAUGCUGUAUCUGCAAAUUGACCUGCAGUAUCUCACUCUCAGGCUUGUCAAACAAAAGUGACCGUUCAUUGCCCAGUUUUGCUCUCCAGUACGUUUUCCGAUGUUCACGUGUUACUUCAGAGAAGAAGUUUGUGAUGCUGUAAAUGCAUGACAGCCCCACAAACAAUCCCCAGUUGUCGAAGUCGGCCUGCAUAACACGGAACAGAGCGAGGGGUAGUAACUGGUUGAAGUAAACAAGCACGUACAUUCGAUUUCGGUCAACGAGCCAUGUGGUCGAACAAGUCAGCACGAGGUAUUGGCUGAUGGAGGUUGCGACGAAAGCAAGUAUGGGCGGGGUUAAUGCUAUCAGAGCUUUUGCUGUCAGGUUCUUUUCUCCAUUGAAUAACGGUAUCACCCAAAAUCGAUGGCAUAAUGCAAUGGCAAACAUCAGGAGAAACUGAGUCCCAAUCCCUACAGCAGCCUUCCAUUUAAGCUUCUUGGUACUGCUCUCAUCGUUCAUGGCUUUUCCAACGAGGUAACUGCUGCAGCAAAAACCCAAGAGGAACACCUUGUAAGGGUAAUUGGUAAUUAAAUUAUUAUUUAAUUAUUCAGUCUCUCACUUUACCACAUCAACCUCAAAAUCCUCGGACAUGGAAGUCUAUUUGCUUAAAGUUAACACUGCUCGUAGUCUUGCUGCUCCACUCUCUCGCUGCUAUUAGUAUCUCAUAGUUAUUGAAAUAUAAACAUGAUGAGGAAGAUUGUAAGUCUUAAUUUUAUGUUCUGUCUAAAUUUGGAUAGAUUCGUGUCAAUUUGUGCACGUCCAGGUUCUUUACUGUUUUGAUCUAUUUCUCGAAGUUGUCAGGUCUUCCUAGCCUUGUUUAUUAUGUUUCAAUAGCUAUUUUAUAUUCUAUGAAUUGUUAUAUGUUUUAUAAAAUUUGCAAGCAGCUAUUAAAUUAAGUAUGUUUGUGAAAUACAAUACAACGAAAACUUCGAGGAAUUUGUUUGCUUGGCUUCAAGUUUCAAUUCGUGUGAUGACUUUGAACAGGUAAAUCGAAGUUUUCGUUGUGUUUUAUUUGUGUUUUAUUAUCUAUUUAAAAUUAAAGGGCCCACAGUAAUUGGUACCAUACUGUUGUGGUGACCCUGCCAUGAAUGCAUGACAAUGGCGAAGUUAAAUAAAUAAAUAAAUAAAUAUCGCGGUAAACCAAGUUGUAUUAUGGCAGGGGAGAACAACCAAGCAACUGACCAGACCAAGCAGAUAUACCAUUUUGCUGAAAGCUGUAUUAUUGCGGGGCAGCGCUCAAACCCACUGAGCUAACAGACUUUAUUGUCAGAAAAAAGUAGACAAUUUUGAAACGGCUCUCAAUUUCACAAAUCCGUUCAUGUCAUGAAAUGUUUGAUAAAUAUAGAAUCUGAUUGUUUGGGUAGGGGGAGGGGGUGGUGUUGUCUUUUUUAGCAGCAUUAAAAAUAGCUUGCGCGCGAAAUUUAAAAGGUUAAAACGAGAAAUCUGUUAUGUGUUUUAUUUUUGGUCCAAAUAUCAGAAAAUGUGCUCAAUUUUAAGUCCUUUAAAUAGCUGCUGAAACUUUCAUUUUUUGGCACCAAUGCCUAUCACGCAUGCUUAAUUCAUGCAUUUACCUAAUUUGCAUAUUGUUAUUGUAAAAAAGUAAUUUAAUUUACAAUACACAAAUACAUACCUCGUUGCACGAUGUGUUAUAAACAUUAAACACAAUCAGAUAAGCUUUGACAACUAUCUGUAUUAAAGCAACUACAAGGCCGACGCAGAUAAGUUUGUACAUAAGUUCUUUCAUUAGCGAUUUUCCAAGUAAUAACAUCAUCGUUAUCACAAACCAGAGAUUGACAAACAUCGCUUGAAUUGUUUCGCCAAGGAGUUCCCACCUAAAUACAAAUGAAGACAACGCCUUUAUCAGAAAUGUAUCAUUCAAUCUUUUAUAAGUUUAUAUUCUAUCAGUUAUUUCUGGGUCGAACAAUUGGAGGUGUAACAAGACGAGAAAGAAUGAGAAACGUAGACAUAAUACAUGAAUUGAAGGUGACAGAUAUGAGAGAGAAGAUUCGAGAAAGUAGACUGAGAUGGUACGGACAAGUGAAGAGAAUGGAAGUGAAAGAGCUAGUUAGAUGGGCAAUGGAGCGUAAGGAACCAGGAACAAGAAGUAGGUGUCGACCAAGAAAACUAUGGAUGGAUUGUGUUCGGGAUGAUGGGAGAGUGGUGGAUUUGGACAAAGUCAACGGUAGAGUGGAGUAACGUGUCGAGACGACCCGCCCCCCUUGAGGGGGACAAACGGGAUGAUGGCGAUGAUGGUCGCGGGCUGAAGAAAAGUCGACACCACUAUAAUUAAUUCUGCAAGGAGGGUGUAUAUGUUUUCUCCUGGAUUUGUUUGUGUUUGUGCUUGUGUUUGUGUUUGUUUGUGUUUCACAAACUCAAAAAGUAUCCAACGUAUAAAUACGAGAGUUUGUGAGGCUAAGAGCAAUAGACCAAGGACAAAUCGAUUAAUUUUUGGUUCGAUAUGGAUGAAAAUUUCCAUCAUUUGCACGUGUAUCUUUGGAAGUUGUUUGGGGUGCUUUACACAAAUUCAUUGACGAUAAAUACGCGAUAUUGACUGGACGAGAGGUCCGGACUGUAGGAUAUUUAAUCGAGCUCUUUUUUUGUAUGUUUGGAACGAGAUCAAUUUGUCCGAAUCGAACAAGCUCAGUCAAUAAGUUAUUUAUUAAGUUCAAUGACGUGAAAAACUUAGUUUUAACAUUGUAUUCAGAAUGACAAUUAACGUUGUCGAGGACACCCUUGGGACCACAAAUCGUUCAAACUUUUUUGCAUUAAGAACCUCUUCGUUUCGAAGGUGCGUCUUUCAGGUCCCAUCGUGUUUUCUAAAUCGGUCUAAUGUAAUAUAACAAAAACUCGUUUACCUGUGGACUUCAGGAGGGAUGGUACCAUGGUAUUGCAUCAACGACAAACAUUUGUCAGUCGCCUCGAAAUCCAGGUAUAGAAGCAAUGCAGUAAAACCCGCGAUCAGGACAGCAAGCGGGAAUGUCGCAACGUUCACCAGCAGGCUGUCCUUGAGUGGCGGCCAAACUGAGUUAGUCGUAAUAGCAAUCCUGGGAUCUGUAUCUCUUUCGUCAGCACUCUCCCCAUCAUUUUCUGGUGGUUCGAUGUUUUUAGUAGUGUCAUUUUCUUCUGCGCGGUCCCAACCAUUCUCUGCGCAUUCUGCAUAAAAGGGAGGGAACGUAAAUCAUCCAAUAAACGCCCCGGACAAAUCAUAAUUUUCUAACAGGCCCCCCUUCGGCCCCUUGCUUAAUUGAAAAACUUAGCUAAACACUGCGGUUCGUACCUCAAUUAAGGUGGCUCAAUACAGUUUUUAAAAAAAUGAAAAGUUCACAAGUUUGAUGCGUAUUUUUGAACAAUUAUUACUUGUUGAUAACUUUUUUUAAUUUUUUACCGAAUCACAUUUAGUAGGUGCACGGGAAAAUAUCCUGAAACACGCAGCUCAGUUGUAUGGUAUAAUAUUUUCAAUGUUACGACAUUCCUUCUAAAACUGAGCGUCUAAAGAAAUCUUUUUAUCCGUCGUCAAUACACCCUUUUCAUAAAUGGCUGCCGAUUAAAAAUUCUUUUAUGUGCAUAUAAAUUGGCUCAACUAGCCUCGUUUCUGGGUAGAAAUUCCUUCGAAAUCUUAACAUGAGUACGAGGCUAGUUGGGCCAAUUUAUAUGCACAUAAAAGAAUUUUUAAUCGGCAGCCAUUUAUGAAAAGGGUGUAUAACUGCUUGGAAUGAACUUGAUCGUAAUUUACGUAAUGUGGAAUCUAUAUCUUUGUUUAAAUCAAAAUUACGAGAUAUCUUCUGUGUGACUAAAUAUAAUACGCUCUAUAAUACUUCGCUAAGUAGAUAUAGCUCAAUAUUACACACAAGACUUCGUCUUGGUCAUUGCGCCCUUAAUUUCUAUUUUUAUCGAAUUGGUUGUAAACAUUUGCGAAUGCCACUGGCGAAUUAUUGAAACUUUGAGUCAUUAUUUUUUACAUUGUCCGCUAUAUGCUGCUGAACGUCAAAAAUUAUUCUCUAUAUCUGCACGGCUUCUCCCAACUAUAUGGUCGAGCUUAUCAGAAAAUCAGAAAGUAUACACCUAUUUUUGCACGGCUCAGAUAAACUUGGAUAUGCAGAUAACCAGACGUUGCUGCAUAAUGCCCAAUUGUUUAUAUUGAAUUCUAAACGGUUUACCAACUGUGUACAAGAUUCAUGAUUUUGUUGUUAAGCUUUAACAUAUAUAACCAUCUAUUAUUGUUAUCUUUUUCUUGAUUAUCUUCUUUUUGAUUAUCUUCUUUUAUUUGUGUGUCUUUUUUAUUUAAAUUGUCAUGCACUCUACAGUAAUUUUAAUAUGUUAUGAUCUCCCUCGAUGAGCUUCAGCUCUUGCAGAAAAUGAUUUCAAAUAUGUUUAAAUAAAAAAAGGUUUUCAAUGCUAUUACACUUUUCAUUAAUAUUACAGUUGCCAAGUCCCAAGCGCAAUAUCAUACACGUUGUCAAUCAAAACAAUAUGAACUCGUAUUUUCAAUAUUAACUCGUGUUUUCAAAAUGGCCGACCAUCGUGAAAACCUCGCGUGGGUUCCUCGCACGGUCCGCCCGAAAUAGUGAUAUUUUAAAAAUAAAAAAAUGUAUUUUCCCAACACAAUGCCCAACGGGCAUGUUUUGAAGCGUUGCGUGCGUGGGAAACUUUAAACAACAAAGACACAAAGUGAUGAGUCUGUGGGUUUUUUAAUAAACAGCUUGAUACUAAUAAUGUAUGCCAUAUAAUUGAUUUGUUUUUGUCGUGUGUCGUCUGACUUUCGAGACUAGAAAUUAGAAACUAUGAGGGCCAGCUCUGCAUUUACGGCUUAUAAACAGCCCUUUAAACAUUGGUUAAUUGAAGUAUACAUGUUCUUGAAUAUGCCGUAGGUUAACCGUAAUUUAUUGAAGUACGGUAUAAGUAGCAAUCCUAUAUGAGGAUAGUUAAUUCUAUAGCUCUGUGGUAUUCUCUUCCACGUACGAGCUAAUGAUGGGUGGCGAAUCCGAGGACUAUAGUCUCUCAUUCACAAGCAUGCAGCUGGCUUGCAGAGGAUUUAAACCAAGGGCAUCGUGGGUAUACAGUUCGAAACCACUAAAUGUCGACGCAUAAAAAGACAUGCGCAUGAAUAUUGACUGCGCGAUUGAUGUUUGAACGUUGAACUACUGUUUUUGAAAAUGCCCAAAAUUAGCAUAAAACAACCUCAUAAUUACCGAUGUAUAGUUAUAUACUUAUUAAAUAAUAAAUAUUUUUAUUUUAGUUGUGUCUCGCCAAUAUUGCAUGUAAAUUCAAGUGUUACAUAUCAAAAUCUAAGUUAGCCCUUCCUGAAUGCAAUGAUCUUUGUUUCAUUGCGAUAGCUUUUAUAUAGCUUUUAAUGUUACAUGAAAUCAAACGGUGUCCAGGUUUUUUUUUGGACACCCGGUAUAUAUACAUAUAUGCGAUCAAAUCAAGUCACCUGUGUUGGUACGGUCUUCUUCGCCAUUAAGAUGCCGUGUUUCUUGUGCUUCGGUGCCACUGUCUGGAGUGUUCUUCUUACUGCAUAGGAAGCAGAUGAUGUUCAAAAUUUCUUCGAUUAUCAUCUUAUGCUCUUCUAGACAAAAAUUUCAUCACAGCUUGAAGGAGCAUCACAAAAUUAGUGAUAUUCCAAAACCCUUUAAACCGACAUUACUACAACGAGAUUAUGGCUAGAUUAAUAAUUAUUAAUUAUCUUACGCUGACCAAUCAGUAAACGAACUGACGAAAAACUUGCACAAACAACGGGAUAUUAUUUUCUAUAGCCUGACAGGAUAUUAAAAUAUUUUUGAAUAUGUUAGUGUAGGUAGUGUCAAUAUUAUAAACAAGCUUUCGUUGGUAGGGAUGCAACUACCUGAAAAAUAUAAGGAGAAUUUCGACGUUUCGAGCGAAGGCCCGUCGACGGCAUCAAUUGGCCAUUUGCGUAAUAGACUAAAUUUUGAACUAAACAAGUCUAGACAAUAAUUUCAUCACAGCUUGAAGGAGCAUCACAAAAUUAGUAAUAUUCCAAAGUUUCGUUGCAAAAUGUUGUAAAAUGCGGAAAAUAUAGCCUUGCGAAAUUUGCAAUUUUCAGUCAGGCAUUUUAGAUUACAAACGGGAAAUUGACAGCCCCAAACCCUUCGAGGCUGUCAAUUUCCGGUUUGUAAUCUAAAAUGACUGAAAAUUGCAAAUUUUGCAAGGCUAUAUUUUCCGCAUUUUACAACAUUUCGCAACGAAACUUUGGAGUAUUACUAAUUUUGUGAUGCUCUUUCAAGCUGUGAUGAAAUUUUUGUUGAGAUCAAAAUUUAGUCUAUUACGCGCAAAUGGUCAAUUCUCGUUCUUCUUUCACUGGGGGAUUUACUCUCAUCCAAGUCUGGCAAAGUACACACGUAAAAACACACAAGUUGUAACAAUAUCACUAUUUUGUUGGCUUCUCACUCGGUUGAAUAAUAGUUGUAGGUUUUUGUGGAUGGAAAUUAUCGAGUGGAAAUUCUAUAUGCAUUUAUUAGACCUAGCCAGGAACAGCCACGGAAAAUGCAACUAUUGGUCCCUGGCAUGAGUCUAACCCAGUCUAACCUGCGGCACUGCGAUUCCGGUGCAGCGCUCUAACCAACUGAACUACAGAGUCCAGUUGUCGAGCUCGAACAAACCUGCACCAGACUUGUAGCAAUGCUGUUCCAACAACUUGUGAACCACCAGCUUUGUUGACAAUCAGUUGUCAUCUCCUUGACAAAUUGCUACAAGAUUGUUGAGCUCAACUGACUUAUUACAAGUUGUUUCAACAACUUGUUAUAUCGUCUUGCAAUUCGACAAUUUGUCAACAAGUUGCGAGUGACAACCUUGUAGCAACUUGAUAAAAUAACAUUGUUAAAACUUGUUGACAAGCUUAUACUAUGCGCUUCUGUUGGGAACACAUCUUGUUAACAAGUCGUGAGAUUCUUACCUCACACAUGCAAAACGCCAUGUCACUGGCUUACUAAAUGCAUGUUAUUUAAUUUUUCAUUUAGUUAAGUCUUGCCUCAAUCCACUACCUCAGAAGCCAUUAUCAAGAAGCCAUUGAUAUAUACAAAAGAAUUUUACUUGAUAACAGGUAGGUCCUUUAUAAAAUGAAGAAUAGUUAAUCCUCUUCAUUUUUAUUAGAACUGCAAUGGGAUUGAUCAGGUUGUAGGUUUUAAAAGAAAUUGAAAAGCAUACUACCCCUAAUGUUCAGAGUCGAUUGGCACGGGAAAGAGAGAGCAGACAUAGUGUUGCUCGCGACUCUGGUUUACAGGCACAUUGUCACUGAGCGAUGUGAUUUAGUCGUUGUGAAAAUAUGAAAGAUUUUUGCAUAUGUGCAAAAGGAAUGGCAUUAUAUAGCUCAAUAUUUCUCAUAUAUAAUAAAAGUCAGUUCUGAUUAACAUGAAAAGUGUGAAAGGCUAUUAUUAUAAAAAAGUCCAAGCUUUAGAGGUCGCCUGUAGGACUUAAUGUACACCACAUUGGCUGGUACAUUAGUAGUUCAUAAAAUACCCUAUGAAUUCACCCCAAAUUUUGUUUUAAACCUUACAUUAGUUUUUGUGCGCAAGUCAUCUAUGUGGUUUUGGAAAACAGCCCUGUUGCACUCGAAAAUUUACUUUUCAGAAUGGUUUUGUCAACUUUGUGGUAGAUAUACCAGAAGACCCAGAACUACCCAUACUAACAUUUUAGACAUUUUAGAGCUAUGCACUUUUUUAUGCACCCUGUAUAGAUGACGUCAUCGAUGGCCUGGUACUAAAUAGCUAUGCCGUCAUCUCUAUUCAAAGCAUGGAGAUUCAUGUUUAUAUGAAUUGCUCUCUCUGGCAACGUCUCUGCCCAAACAAAUGUUAUUGUGUUAAUGAACGUAGAGUCGUGUUGUCGCGGUACAUAAAAGUCAGAUGUAAUGAAACAGGACUGUAGGCGAAUACGAUAUUAACCGCUCACUUUUAGGUUAAUUGUUUACUUUGUACAUCCAAAUAAUCAAAGGUACCGUCGUUUACGAAGCGUGGGAAGGGCAUGGGUAAACUGGCGUCCCGUUUUUUGUUUUUUUCAGAGACUAUCUGGCAUUGAAUUGUUAUGUGGCGCUUUGCUACUACAAGUUAGACUAUUACGAUGUUUCCCAAGAGGUUUUGGCUGUUUAUCUGCAACAUUAUCCUGACAGGUGGGUGCAUGUAAUUGUCCCCAAUAUAGACAGUAUGGCUGCAUGAACUACUUUAAAGAGUCAUUGUCAACCACAAUGCAUUGUGCACCCAAACCUGCUUGGCGACCAUUUUAAUGGCGGAAUAAUAGAUGUUUCGGUUUUCAAUCUAUAAUAUAUUACUACCAUCCUAUUGUUAUACUUGCUCAUUUUAACUUUUUAUACUAAAAUUGCACCAAAGAAAUGUUUAGAAUCGUCAUUUGUUCCUACUUGUCACUUCCGAAGAUAAGAUGUAAACAAAUUAAUGCAUUGUGGUUGACAAUGACUCUUUAACAAAAGUUUCAACUUUACCAAGAGAUGACGAUCAGUAACUCAUAGAGAUAAAAAAUGAUAGAACGGGCGUUGUAGGUAAAGUUCAGGCAAACGAAAGGGAUAAAUUGAAGCUUGCUAAUGGAGGCAAAUUUGAGUUAUGCCUGGAUGCAAAACCAAGAAAAAUCAAUAUUUUAUACCUUUUAGCUAAAAUUCAAGUAUUCAAUCCUGUUUUUUCCACUAUCUUGACUGUUUCACAUUUAUUUGUGGCGAAAAUCUAAGGAAUUUCUAUAUUAUAUCGUGGGAAAUGAUAAUUUGGGCGUACCGAAGUCAAGAAGAAAACACUGCUCUUCAUCAUCGAAAAAAAACCCACUUUAAAACAUUUCUACCGUUUCAAAACUUGUUUUGUAUUAAAUUCUUGUUGAUUUUCUUGUUGAUUUUCAGCUUUUAGUCCUUGCUUGAACUAUGCUAAACCUGGAAAAAUCGAUGUUUUCAAGGUUGUAUUAUUUUCGUAAUUUCCCACUCAUCCUGAACAUCGCGGCUUAAUUUGCAUCCGGGAAUGAGAAUUUACAUCCGCGCAACGAGAUUUUAGCCAAUCAGAGGGCGUUAUAUGCCCCAUUAUAGGAAGCUUCAAUUUGUCCCGCGAUCUUUCCCGCGAUGCCCACUCUAUUCUUUUAUAAUGUCCAUAUUACCAUUGUUCCUAGGCUGUGCCCCAGUCCACUACAACGUUGUGCAGUGGACCGGAAAUACAGGCUACAAUGCUGCAUGUACACUUACUAUCAUGACAAAUUGGUGAUUAAGAUAUUCCAAAUCAGAAUAACAUUCCAAUUAUUUUAUUAUUUAGUGCCAUUGCUGUGAAUUUAAAGGCAUGUAAUCACUUUCGUCUUUAUAACGGGAAAGCCGCAGAGGUAAGUAUGCAUUCAAACUAUAUCCCCCCUCUCGGUAUUGUGAUGAAAGGCACGCUCUGAUAUCAACGUAUGUUUGUGACAUCAUCAAAAGCAUGACUUCAAUACACCUCACAAUACACUUCGCCCAAAUUUGGGGGUACGCAGUUAUGUUACCGUAACAUAUUUUCGAUGUUGUGGCAAAUCUCAGUCCUCAAGAUUGAGUCCGGAUCCGUUUAUCCCAGAGCCUAAUUUUCAACGGAUGACCGAGUGAAAUUGGCUCUGGGGACGAGAAUGGGAGACGCAGUUAAUCGAGAACUGGACGGUUUAUCAACUUCGACCAUUUUUAAAGGCAUAGAUCGGAUGGAGCCUGUCUAACUGGUUUAGCCAGAAAUUCAUUUCAAAACUUAGCUCCGCCGUAUUUGAACCGGUUUUUUUUGGAGAAAUUCUCUUUUCGGCAUUGGAAGUGACAGAUUUCUGAGAAUAUAUGGUGUUUGCAUAUCGCCUCUCAAAAUAAACAUGUGUUUCAAAUUGGGGGCGGUGUGGUUAUUAAGGAUUUUAUAAUGAAAGAUAGUGACGUCUUACAUUAAGAGGUUUCCAAGAGUGUAGAUCAAGCACUUCAGCAUGCAGAUCUGCCACUGCUUCGGCAUACAGUUACGCAUGCAACUUAUGUUACAUUAUAUCGCUUUACUAUAUUUCAAGGCUGAAUUAAAAACACUCCAAGAAAUUGCCUCGCCGUCAUUUGAAUUUGCUAAAGACCUCAUGAAACAUAACUUAGUAAGUAUUGUACUCAGAGAUGCUAAUAAAUCUGCAUCCGAAUGGUUAAAGACAGUACAUUUCUAAAGAUUUGAAUAAUGCAAAUCAUUAAAAUUUGCAUGGCAUGACCUAUUGCUAUGGCUAGCUUUUCCACUGAUCUCUAGUUUCCCAAGACGAUUGCGGAAGUGUUGCGAAAUUCACGACCAUGCAGUAUCUUCAGAUUAACUGCCUAUAUUAUUCUUGAAGCCAAAGCUCCGUGUCUGGGGGGUCAAGACAUGCGUGUUUAUAUCAUGAUUGACUGAUUGAACGCUCUUCGCAUGCGUGAAAAGACUGGGACUGGCCUUCAAGUUUGGCUUCAAAUUUCCAGUUGGAAGUAGCGUUCCAGUUAUAUUCAGUUCAAUGGGUCUCCCUGAUAAAUACUCUGGUCUUUGGACCAGUUUCGAAUCACACCUUGGUUUAUAGCAAGAGCACCUGGGAAAGCCAUUACUUAACCGACACUGCCCUUAUGAAAGUCGUAACACUCCUGCCCCUAACCCUCCACCAUCGGGACACAGUAAUUUCGAUCCUGAGACAGUUCCUUUUAAUGGGGCUAUUUUGACCCCUGUCAGAGCCAAAACAGUCCAUGUUUUAACUUUUAAAUAGCCAAAAUGGCCCUGGGGACCAAAAUAGCCCUCUAAUACUCUCACAGUAUUCAACAUAUUUUCCCCCUUCCACUCGUUGAGUCCAGACACAGGGUAAAAUUAAAGAAGCCAAUCUCCUCUCGGGUCACACCUCUAUUUUUACAGUAACUACAUGUGCAUGCGCCGAAGGCUUGCAGAAAUGAAUGUCGAAGACAAAAUUUAGGAAACAAUUCCAUAGUGAAAUUUCUUAUAAGAAUUUUGCAUUCGCGUCCUGUUCAGUUAGGGUUCCAUUAAGGUUAGGUUUGGUUAGAAGUGUUCGAAAUAGGUUUUGUAUUAAGUUCACGGUCAGAAAUUAGGGUAUAUAUUUACAAUAAUUACCAAAAAUUGGUUUGUUCGUACAGGGGCAUAUAUCAAGGACAUAUCGAGAUUUUAAACUUGAAGCAAUGUUAUAGUUUUAUAAAUAUCUAAUAACAGGUUGUAUUCCGUGCCGGUGAAGGAGCUUUACAAGUUCUACCGCCUCUGGUUGAUGUCAUUCCUGAAGCAAGAUUGAAUUUGGUGAGUCAUUCACCAUGUGUUACUAAUCUUUUUCAACAUGACAUUGAGGGUGUCCCAAAAAACGCACCACUAUGUUUUGUGGUAUUGCAACGUUAGCUUUGAUAGAAGUUUCAGAUUUUUAUACUACAAUCCUGGACAAGAAUAGUG